AUAUCAUCAAACAUAGUGUGAAUAAGAUGUUUAAAUAACAAAGAGAAACCAAAAAUAUAACUAGCUUCCUUGUUGAUUUUCCAGGACAAUAACACAGAAUCAUAACACGAUCGACCACGGAAAAAGAACAUGGCAUCUAAACUGAACAUAUUGUGUGGUUCAUGUGGAUAUGAAGACAUCUCGAAAAAUGCAAAGAAAUGGUGUACCAUAUGUGAGGAGGGAUUCUGUGGAGAAUGUGAAAAAUACCACAAAUCUAUGAAAGUAACGAGGGAUCACAAGAUGAUUUCUAUUGAGGACUAUCGUCAAAUAGAAAACAUUUCAGUAAAUCUAAACUGUGAGAUUCAUGGUAAAAAGCUCGAUCUAUACUGCAAAACGCACGAUAUUGCGGCUUGCGUAGUUUGUAUUCAUUCAGAACAUAAAUCGUGUUCCGCUUCUGACGUCAUCUCCAUUGAUAACGCAUCAAAAAAUGCAAAACAAUCAACUUCACUCUUAGACUUAGAAGGAACUAUCUCAACAACGAUAGACAACGUAAAACUUUGUAUUAAAGACAGGGAAAUGGCAUUGAAAAAUGUGAACGAAGAUGAAGUAACAAUACGUAAAACGAUUACAGACACACGAAAGAAUCUAAAUGAAUACUUGGAUAAACUCGAGAGAAAUCUACUCAAAGAUUUAAAAUCCAAACAUGAUAAGGGUAAAUCUAAAAUCAUGAAAACUCUUAAUAAUUUGAAGCAAAUGGAGAAAGAGGUAGACAAACUUAAAGAUCAGACUAUUCAAAUGAAACGUUUUGCAUCUGACCUGCAAGUGUUUCUAGGAACGCGCCAAUUAAACAAAACAAUAGGUAAAAAGAUUGGAUCAAUCAAAGAAGAGAUAAAAAAUUGUACGAAAACACGAAUGGAGAUAAAGGUCAAUCGCGUGAUCAGUUCCUUAGUGAAUGAGGUAAAGCAGUUUGGAGAAAUCAAAGUUAUUGAAACUAUGGCCAAUCUACAAUUAAAAGAUGCAAAGAUCGACCAGGCUCAGAUACAGAUACAUGGAUUAUCGCAAACUAUUCAAAGUGUCAGUCUACAGCUGAAACAGAAGUUUGAUAUCAAAGGAUCAACCAAGCCUAUCACUGGCUGCAUUGUUUUACCAGACGACCGAAUCAUAAUUGCAGACUAUAAUGGAAGUGGUAAAUUAAUGGAAUACAACAACGAUGGUCAACACAUACGUGACAUUCAUGUCUCUGAUAAACCGCAUAGUCUUACAUUAGUUGAUACCGAUCGUAUUGCUGUUACAUUUGGAUAUUCUUCAUACCUAGAGAUUAUAAACAUUAAGAAUAAUAGUGAAAGGAAGAGGGUGAAUUGCAGUAAUUGGUGCUAUGGAAUAUCUUACCAUGACAAGAAGCUGUAUGUUCUUGUAUAUAGAAAAGGCAUAGUAGUGAUGGACUUGAAUGGGAAGACAUUAAACACCAUCCAUAUCGAUGGUUUAUAUGUGUAUCAUAUAACAACGACCAGCGACAGGAUAUACUAUACAGACACCGAAAAUACAGUACACUGUUGUAGUAUGACAGGACAAAACAUCUUGGUAUUCAAGGAUCAGUCCAUUAUACAACUGAGAGGAAUAUCAGUGGAUCAUAAUCAGAACGUAUAUGUUGUUGGUGAAAGCUCUAAUAACCUCAUAGUAAUACAACAUGACGGGAAAGUUAGCAAAGUCUUACUAACUCAUCUUGAUGGACUUACAACUCCUUAUGCAGUGCAUUACAACAAACAAAAGAAGAUUAUCUGUGUAGGCUACAAGACAGGAAGUGUUGCAUUGUACCAAGUGUCGUGAAAAUGCAUGUACACAUCAGGACGACGACAUUACACUGUUUGUUAUUCUGUGUAUUAUAUUAAUUAUUUAAAUGAUGCUGCAUUUUCAACAUUUUUAUCACAUAAAACUCAUUGCAAUACUGAUAUACUAGUAUAAUUGAGUGUCGAUUUUUAAGUACCCAAUAUAUAUAUGUUUGGCUUUCAGAUUAGUUUAAACACAUUUGAUAAAUGUUUGAUAUCCAUUUUAA